AUGGACUAUUUCCCACUUGCAUACGUUGCCGGUGCUUCUGCAGCAAUAGCACAAAAAGUACACAAGUACGUGCCCAACCCAUUCAUUGACGAACGCUUCCACUUGACACAAUGUGCUGCUUAUUGUGCUCAUAGGUUCUCCGAAUGGGACAACAAAAUCACCACUCCUCCAGGACUCUAUAUCCUUGGCACAGCGUAUUCACACGCUCUACAGCUCAUUGGCAUUCAAGAGAGUUGCAGUGCGACUGCUCUCAGAUCUCUCAAUUUGCUAGGGGGACUUGUGAUUCUUCCAUAUGUGCUUUCACUUCUCAACAGUAGGAACUUCUGGUCUGUAAAUGUGGUUUCUUUGCCAUUGCUCUACACAUACUACUUCUUAUUCUACACAGAUGUCUGGUCCACGAUAUUUGUGGUUGCAGGCAUUGUGUCAGUCGUUCGCAUGCCCAACAUGAAAGGAGCGCUACUAUGCAAUGGCUUGGGCUUUAUGGGGCUUUGGUUUCGUCAAACAAACAUCAUCUGGAUUGCUUUUGGCGCGGCCGUGUUGAUAGAAAAACGCUGCGCUCGCCGCUCCACUCUUGCCGGCCAAACAAUUGAGUUCUUCACCCAGUGCUUCAAAGGCAUUCACCUCCUUGUCCCAUUUGGUGUCAAUGCGGCCUUAUUCAUGGCAUUUAUUAGAUACAACGGAGGGAUCACAUUUGGCGACAAGCUGAACCACCAGGUUUCUUUGCAUCUUGUCCAGGUGUUUUACUGCUGGACUUUUGUCGGUGGGCUUACUCUUCCUUUGUGGUUCAACAGACAAACUAUGCGUGACUACUUCAAAUUUUCAUUUGGAAAAUAUGGUAUCUGUUUGAUCCCGACUGUAUUGACUUUCUUCGCUAUCCAUUGGAUCGUGACAAAUUUCACAAUCGUGCAUCCGUUCUUGUUGGCAGACAACAGACACUACACGUUUUACAUUUAUCGUCGCAUCUUGAGUAAACCGAUCGCAAAAUAUCUUGUCGUUCCGGUCUACCACUUUUUCACCUGGCUCAUACCUUACGUGCUUUUGAAGAAUUCUCCUUCGAACCCCGUCAAACUUUCAUACGUUGGAGUUCUCGCAUUUAUUGUUUCCACCAUCCUCACAAUCAUUCCUUCGCCAUUGUUUGAGCCGAGGUACUACAUCGUGCCAUUAGUUCUAUUCAGAAUAUUCUCUCAGCCGUUUGUCAUGGGCGCUCAACGAAAGGUGCAUUACCAAGAGUUCGUGUGGUAUCUGUUCAUCAACGCGGUUGUUUACAUUGUUUUCUUCUCCUACGAAUUCACCUGGGUGACUGAAGUCGGUAAACAGCGAAUCAUAUGGUAG